AAUCAAUGUACUCUCUGUCACCUGUAUUCGCGCUGACGCUGUUGGCUGCCAAGCUUAUUUUGACCGUCAUGGCUGAUCCUAGCACUCAAGGAAACUGCAUAACGGGUCGCAUCACAUUUGAUGAAAAGCGCACCAGUAAGGUGCCAAUGCAUGUCGAUAUGCCUGCAUUUCCUCCUUCGAUUAUAAAUAUUGUCUCGACAGAUACAACCAUUGAUUAUGCUCCUCAAAAUGUCAAGUUUAUGGAAGGUGGUGGUGUUACCCUCAGUCUAACUAAAAAUGAUAAUGCCACUGCUACUGGAACUCGAAUUUCGUCAAGUCGAUAUAUGCUAUAUGGCCGCAUUACAGCUCGCAUUAAAGCCGUCCCAUAUGCUGGAGCCAUCACGACAUUCAUUACCAUGUCUGAAAGUAAAGACGAAAUUGAUUGGGAAAUGGUCGGAAGUGAGACCAACGUUGCACAAACCAAUGUGUUUUAUAAGGGCAUUCAAGAGUUUGGAGUCCAUAGCACAUCAGAAAAUCUCACCGAUACGUCCCAAUGGCACGAGUAUACGAUUGACUGGAAACAUGAUUCACUUACUUGGUCAGUUGAUGGCACUCAACGUCGCAAACUUGAUCGUACAAGUUCUUUAUCUCCCAUGACACCUCCAGGAGAGUAUUGGUUUCCUACUACUCCAUCACGCGUACAAGUUUCAGUUUGGGAUGCUGGAUCUUCUCCAGACAAAGGCACUUCUCGAUGGGGAGGUGGUCCAAUUCCUUGGGGAUCUGAAAAAGCCAUUUCUGCACAAUUCGAGUAUAUUGAUAUUCAGUGUUAUAAUGAUGAUGAUCAGCCAGUCAAAAAAUGGCCCGCUGAUGCUUCGAAUCCUGAUCGAGAUAUCGAUACACCCAUCGCUCCAGUUUCUAUUCCAAAUCGACAAGUAGAUCCGUCUCCUACUGCUACUAGUACUUGGGGUGAAAGUCUACCCAGUACUUGGAGUGAAAGCCCAUCCAGCACUUGGAGUGAAAGUUCAUCCAGUACUUGGGGUGAAAGCUCAUCCAGCACUUGGGGUGAAAGUUUACCCAACACUUGGACUGCCACUACUACUUUGGAGAAUACCAAUACACCCAUGACAUGGACAAGCUCGUCUGUUUGGCCUACAUCUACAUGGAAAACUAAACCGCGUAAAUGCAAAGCCAGAUCUGUAUGGCCUAUCGAAAAAGUAGCAACAACAUCAUCCUAUUGGGUUAGACAUACUACUAACCCCGAACCAACCCAAAUUGUUCCACAAGCUCCACCCAUUUUCAGUCAGAAUGAGCCCAUCGUCAGUGCUGCUGACACCCAUCACACCCAUUCAAUGAUUUAUGUUGCAUUCAUCAGUAUAUGUGUUGUCGGUGUUAUGGCGAUGUAAUGGUAUAAAAAGCUUAUUGUCUUAAUACUACCGUAUUCGCAUAAAUGAAACACCAACAAGU